GCCAAAAAAAAAUCUGGCCACACUGUACACGGUAUAAACGCGCACCAAACGUCUUGCGCGGCUGGUGCGACUGCGCUGAAAAUCGGAUAUUCGCAACGAUAGAAGAAACUUUGCUGCCUUGGCCGUUCAUCGAACCAGUUCUUGUUUGUGCAGCCGAUUUGAGUAUGAUUGAGCAAUGCUGCAGUGUUGUUAGGAAAGUAGUUAAAUCAUGUUAUACUGUUGAGUGCGAUUUGUGUUGGAUUGGUUCGUGAAGUGUAUGAGUGUGUGUUUGUGUGCAUUUCCCUGCCAGUGUACUGCCUGAAGGUGAAAGUGGUGUUUGGACAGCUUUGUUCUCUCGGGCGAUCCAUCCAAUUUUCUAUGUGCAAAUCGGUCUGCCGUUCGGUUUGCUUGCAGAAAAGUACAGCAUAAGCAGAGCAUAUUCGCAAGAACUCCAGUUCCAGCUUCCAAUAGCUUCCCACCAGCCAGCAGCGACACGAACAACCCCCUCCCCUAUGGCAGGGACAUCAGAUUAGAGAGAAAGAUCGAAUUUCCUAGGCGGUGCCUCAACGGGAAUGCUUGCCUCGAUUAGCCCAUCCCAGUAGCAGUGAUCAUCAUCGCGAGUGAUACAGUCGUGUACAGGGGCUCGUUCGGUCAGCCGCAGCAGCAAUGACUUCACCGAAACGGAACAUUUCCUCGCCGGAAACGACCGCUGCCGGCACUGGGACUGCCCCAUCGUCCGGAUCGACGGUUGCGAUAGGAAUCGAUUUCGGUACCAGCUUCUCGAGCGUAGGUAUUUACCGGAAUGGCAAGUUCGAAAUCAUUGCCAAUGAGUGCGGUAACCAUCGCAUCCCGUCGGUGGUCGCGUUCACCGAGAAGGGACGGCUUGUGGGCGAGGAAGCGCUGGCGCAAGCCGACACUGAUCCGGCGAACUGUGUGAUAGAGGUGAAGCGCAUUCUCGGUCGGCACAAAAAGGAAGGCGGACUGCAGGUCCAGUUCAAGGGUGAAACCAAGUGCUACCAGCCGGAGGAAAUCUGCGGCAUUAUACUGGCCCACUUGCGCUCGAUGGUCGAACGGCAGCUCGGCGAGCCCGUGACGUGUGCCGUUGUUGCCGUGCCGGCACAGUUCUCGGAUGGGCAGCGGCAAGCCGUGCUGGAUGCGGCCACGAUUGCCGGAUUGACGGUGCUGCGGCUUAUCAACGAGCCGACGGCAGCGGCCAUUUCUAUCGGCAUUAACAAGAAGCUUAUCGGUGAACAGUAUGUGCUGGUGUGCUCGUUUGGCGGUGGCUUCCUGGACGUUUCGAUCGUCACCAUCUACAACGGAGUGUUCCAGGUGAAGGCCAGCUCCGGCGACACCAGGCUGGGCGGGGUGGACAUCGACAAACGGUUGGUGGACUACUUCGUGAAGGAGCUGCAGGACACACAGUCGCUUGAUAUUACGCGCGAUUGUAUUGCGAUGCGCAAGCUGCGCAAAACAUGCGAACAGGCCAAGCGCACGCUGUCCUACACCAGUCAGGUGACGGUGGAGAUUGACGACCUGCUCGAUGGCCACAAGCUCAGCUCGACGCUCACGAAAGACAACGUGGACGAACUGUGCAAGGAUCUGUUCGAGCGUGUGAUUCUGCACGUGGAGACGGCACUGCGGCGCGCCCGGAAGGAUCGGUUUGCGAUGCACGAGAUUAUGCUGGUGGGCGAGUCGUCGCGCAUUCCCCGGGUGCAGAUAAUGCUGAGCGAAUUCUUCGACCGUCGGUCGCUCAGCAGCUCGGUCAAUUCGGACGAAGCGGUGGUCGUCGGAACGGCCAUAGCCGCCGGCAUACUGAGCGGGGAUAAAUCGUGCGCCAUUCAGGAUCUGCUCUGGUGGGAUUUGGUGCCACGAUCAAUCGGAAUGAUAAGCGAAGAGCUCGAUGUCGAAGGUGGUGGUGGUGAUGUUGGUGAGCCACCGCGUAUACUGAUUAGCCGCAACUCGACGCUACCGUUAAAGGUGCGCCACCGGGUGAAAAACUUUCGCAACGUGCACCGACUGUACGAGGGAGAAAGUGCCAUUGUUAGUGAUAAUAUUACGCUGGGUCGAUUGCAGCUGGAGGGAAGCUUCGGCGAAGGGCUCGAAGACGUCGGUCUGUCGUUUAACGUGGACCUGAACGGGGUGCUGCACGUGAUGGUGGAGGGCAACAUUGAGCUGAAAGCCACCCUGGACAAGGGACGGCUCGAGCGGUACGAGAUCGAUCGUAUCGUGUACGAGCACAAGCGCCUAAUACUCGAAAUGGAGCGCGGCCAGGAGGAGCAAGAGCAGCGCAAACGUAAGGAAGUCGACCCUUCGGCGGUGAUUGACCGGCAGGGCGAGGAGCAGGAGGCGGAAGCGGACGACGGUGGGACGGUUGGCACCUGGGAUCGGUUCAGCGAGUGGUUGCACUGCAUUUGCGUGGUUACGUUCGACCUAGAACUGGGACAGGCGAUGGAGCUUAUCUACCCCAAGCACGUGACGUUGACGGAGCAGGAAAAGAUGAACAUUUGCUAUCUGGCGUUCCCGGAUUCGAAUUCCGGCUGCAUGGGAGACUCGCAAUUCCACAUCCGGUUGCGUGUGUCGUCCGGCUCGGAAAACUCCAUACUCCCCAAGGGGCUGCAGGAGUUCAACUGCCACUGCAUGCCGGUGCAUCGUGCGGAUCCGGGCCACUUCUGGGGCUUUGUGUACUUCCGCCAAAUCAAGGAUGCCACCCUGAAGCGCGGUUACUUUCAGAAAAGCUUGGUCCUGCUGACACGCCUUCCCUUCGUCAAUCUGUUCUACGAGCUGUGCGCAGUGAUUGCACCGUCCUACUUCAGCAACGGCGAACCUACGCUCGAGGCUGUCUGCGACAGUGUGUGCAAGUGGCCGUCGCUGCUGACGGAUGAAACGCUCCAGCUGCAUCUGCUCGGCAGUGUGUACGAGGUGGCCAUUCCGAAGCAAAACGGCAAAUACAGUACGCUCGUUUCGCCGGUGGAUAGUCUUUACCCGGCCAACAAGUCGGGCGUCAAUGGGCGGCCGCCGAACCAAACGCGAACCAUAUCAUCCGUGCACGAGAUCGACAUCUUCCGCAGCUUGCAGCUGUUCCUACCUCACAUCCAUUUGCUGUGGGAGCUGGUGCUGACCGGCGAGCCGAUCAUCGUCACUGGCACCUCGCCGACCGACUGCGCCCACAUGGUCCAGUCGCUCACUAGCCUUAUCAGCCCGCUGGCGUACUGCGCCGAAAGCCGUCCCUACUUCACCAUCCACGAUACGGAGUUCAAGGAGUUUACGCAGAACAAGAACGGCCAUCCCGCGAUCAUACUGGGCGUCACGAACCCGUUCUUCGCGAAGACGCUGCAACACUGGCCCCACACGAUACGGCUCCAGGACAGUGCGGAAGCGCAACUGCAACGACAGCUCACAACGACCCCUUCGACGGGUGGUCAGUCCGGCGGCGGCACGGUUGGGUCAUCGGACGGUUCUGCGACGCUCUCGAGAUUGUCCAAAAUCAAACAAAUCACCCACAAACUGCUGGAUUCGUCGCCCGGGCUCUACACACAGUACAAACCGUUCGUGCAAAAGGACAAAGCGUUCAUCAAGAAGAUUCUGCUCGGGCUCAAGACCGACCGGCCGCUCUCCGUACAGUCCGCACUGCUAAGGCGGCAUCUGCUGGAGCUAACGCAGAGCUUCAUGAUUCCCUUGGAACGGUACAUGGCCUCGCUAAUGCCACUGCAGAAGGACAUUUCGCCCUUCCGGUCCGCACCGCAGCCGCACCCGUUCAAGCAGGAAGACUUCCUAGCCACGCUCGACGAGUGUGGCCCGCAGCUAACCUCCACCUGCAAGGGCGACUGGGAGGGAUUGUACCGGCGGUUUUUCAGCUCGCCCAACUUUAAGGGCUGGUACGAGACGCGCUACUUCGAGCUGGAACAAACGCUGCAGGUGCUGCACAUGCAGACCCUCUCCGAGUCCAAUUUGGCCGAGUGGGCCAAGGGCAAGCUGGAGGUGGAAAUCGUCGACAUGAUCCUGCGGUUGCGCCACAAGCUGACGCUGCUGCAGGGCAACAACAGCAGCGCGAUGGCGGCCCUGCCGGUGCAGCUGAACGUUCGUGAUACCCGGGAGCAACUGUUACGCCACAUGGAAAACAUGAAGAAAAGUCUUCCGGACGAUUUGAAGCAAAUCCUCGGGGACGCAUGAUCGCAACCCCAUCCCCGCCCCGCCCUCCUCCCCCCUAUCCUCCCACAGUAUAGUACAGUGCUAUGAGAUAUAAAGCUAUAGACAGAGUAUACAUAAUCGAAUGUUGCUUUUUUAACCAGUAA